UCUAUAAGUAAACAGCGGACUUAAGAUUAUACAGGUUGAGGGUAUGACGGUCGCUCGAGCAACCGUUGCAUAGGUGAACAGGGUUCAGUAGAGGUUUCAUCGCCACGUUUGUAUCUCCCGCUGGUUCAUUCAUUACGCGAACGUUCGAGCGAGCAGACGUGAGACGCUCCCCCAGAGCGUAGUAAAAAAGAUUCUCUCCAACCGAAGGAAACGAUUGUCGUCGUCCGUUCGAAUACGCGCGUGUGUUUGUCUUGUUACUGCUCCUCCGGCAAAAAAGGGGAGAAAGAAAGACAAACGGGAACGAAAUCGAACCAAAUCGAACGACCAGCGUUUUUUUUUCUUUUAUUAUUGUGCCACUCUGCGAUAUUUGUUUUGUGCCCGAGAAAUCGUAAAAUUUUUGGCGCGCCAACAAAGUACACAGUGUAUCGCGUGCUAGUACCGUGUUACCGUAAAGACGAGACGCCGCCACUUUGUCGUGUAGUGCCGUGUGUGUGUGAUUGUGUGUCUUUUGGUCCGCGUGAAACUUGAUAGCGCCAUCAUUGUUAUCGGCAGCCCAGGCAGGCAGGCAGAGCCCCCGUGUGCCCCGCGAAAACGACGACACGGAGUGCAUUUACGAGAAAAGUGUCUUCCCAGACCGGCGUCACCGAAAAGCCUCGAGUUUUUCUUUCUUCUUCUGUGUUUUGACGUGUUCCGGUGUCCUUUUUCGGUUGGGUGAGGACAAAUUUUCUCCACUUACACACACAUUCGCCGGCCGGCGAUAAGCGAAAAACGUAGCGCGUUAACUGUGCCCGUUUGUCGAAGUACACCACCGGGAAUUAGAAAAGUCAAUUUCGUGUUCGACUGCGCAAAGAGCGAAAGAGCGAGAGAAAGAGAAGCUUACUUUGAUAAGCGAGGCGCUAAAGUGCAUUGCGUGUGGUUGCGUGUGUGUGGUGCCGAUUACUAUCGCGAGUAACCCAUCCUAGUGAGCUGCGAGUGAGUGCGCACGAGUCCUGCUCGUAUGUUUAUCCUCGUGGUUUGAGUGGUGGCAGCGUAUUAUUGGUGGGCUGUUGGAAAAUGAUUGAAAACUUCGAAUCCAAGAUUACCUUCGAAAUACCGACGAAUCUCGACUUUGAUAAGCUGAUCCGGGGCAACAACUACACGCUCUUCUGGCAGAACCUACAGCACCAGCAGCAGCAGCAGAGCGGCGGAAUCGGCGGUACGUUCGGUGCCGGUGCAGCAGCACGCCUCGGUGCCGGUAUGGCCGACGCUGGCAGCUUUGGCUUUGGGUCGUCCCCAUCGUCCAGCCUGUUCGGUGCCAUCGACUACAGCAAUGGCAGCAGUGAUUACGGGCUGCUCAACAGCCUGCAAUCGUUCGCCAAUCGUGGCGGCGCUGGACGUGAUGGCAUGAUUGGUGGCGAUCAGCUACUCGAUCCGACCUACGAGCGAUUCAUCGGCGACGUUUGGGUCGGCAUCGUCCUCACGCUGAUGAUCCUCUCGUCGAUCUUCUGCAUGUGUUCCUGCUUCCUGUACCACAAGUUUCGCCAGUGGCAACGUAACGUAUUAACUGCCAGAUCGCAAACACUUUCAUCGAUGGACAUUGAGACGCCACCACCGUACGAUGUCGAGUCACUGCCCAGCUAUACGAUCGUCUCGGGACUUCCGAGCUAUCAGGAUGCGAUCGAGCAGCUGAAGCAGAAGCAGAUGAAGUACUACGAACCGAUUAAGGUACAUCGACCGAGCGUAAUGAAGCUGUUCGAAUCGCAAGACCUACUGAUGACCAGUCCGAACAUACCGAGCGCCUCGAAACGGGAGGAGAUCCGGUACACCUUCGCUAACCGGCCACUGUCGACCAUCGAGAUGGGUACGGAUGCACUACCGAUGACUGGUGCGACAGGUCCUGCUGCCACAGCCGAUGCCGAGCCCAGCAGUUGCCAGCAGAUCGCAAUAACAAUUGAUCAACCUACGACAGUUAAUCUUCCCGCGAUUCCGACGGUACCACCACCACCGUAUAAGCGAGAAAUCUCUACCAUCUCGUCCCCAAACUCGGUGGUAAUUGCCGAUUCGCCUUCCACCGGUCAACAGGCAUCCGAUCUCGGUGCCACCGCGGAACAUCUACCGUCGGCGAUGCGUUUCCCACCGGUGCAGAAGAAGAUCGAUGUAUGCCAUUACGCGAUCGAGAAUGAACGGCAGGCUGGACGCAGUUGAGGCAAACGGACCUUGCGAUGUGCCUCUGCUACGGUGCACGUUUAGGUUACACGGAACAGGAAUUGCAUGCUGGACGAUGAAUGAGGAUUACAAAUCACUCUCUGACUGUGUUAUUAACGAUUAAUUUAUUAGAUAGAUUCUAUUAAUGCGCUGCAGAAGAAUUAGGGGGGAUUCCGGUUGAUAUGGGAUAGGAAGGGGUUCGUUUGCGCGGGAGGCUUAUCGGUGUUCCAUGUAGUAGUUCUCUAUCCAUAUCCUGGUAACUGUCAGUAGCAGCGGGAGCAGCAGCAGUAGCAGCAGCAAAACGACAAGUUCAUGA